CCGCCCGCCCUCAGUCGCUGCCGGAGCCGCACCGAGCGCAGGGCGCAGCGCUGUCCCUUCAGCACCGCUCCCCCCGCGGGAUCACCGCACGGGAACCGGCCCCGCCGCCGCCUCUCGCCGCCUGCUUUGCAGUCUGGAAAGCAAGGUCCAAGGAUGGUGAAGCUGGGGAGUAAUUUGAACGACAAGAACAACAAACAACCAUCCAACGAAGAUGGUUUUCAGACAGUUCCUUUGAUCACACCUUUGGAAGUAAAUCACCUGCAGUUCCCGGCUCCGGAAAAGGUAAUUGUGAAAACAAGAACAGAGUAUCAGCCUGACCAGAAGAACAAAGGAAAACUCAGAGUGCCCAAAAUUGCUGAAUUCACAGUCAGCUUCACUGAUGGUGUAACAGAAAGACUAAAGGUCACUAUUCUCAUCAGCCUGGCUCUUGCAUUCCUUGCCUGCAUAGUGUUUCUUGUGGUGUACAAAGCCUUUACUUACGACCACAGUUGCCCAGAUGGAUUUGUUUAUAAGCACAAGCGCUGCAUCCCGGCCUCGCUGGACGCCUACUACUCUGCACAGGAUUCCAACUCCCGGGGCAGGUUCUACACCGUCAUCAGCCACUACAGCAUGGCCAAGCAGACCAGCUCCCGGGCCGUAUCGCCCUGGAUGUCCUCGGGAUCCGCAAACCACGAAGCCAAGGCUGCCAAGACAGAAGGUCAUUAAAGGGAACGAGCGGUGGUUGGGCAAAGAGGGAGGGUGGGGGGACAACACCGUGUCUAUACUGCUCUAGCUGAGCGUGCUGUGCCACCAGCACGGCAGGAAUAAAUAAAACCCAAGUGCAGGAGUCAUCUUAAUGGAUAUUUCUUUUCGUGCAUUGUUCUCGUUGAUUUGUAACCGAGUCGAGCUCUUGUACAAAGGCAUGUUUGAUGUUGACUGUACCUUAACAAUGUAAAAAUAUUUUUAAAUCAUUGCUUAACUAUUUGUUAGAAAAAUAAAUUAAAAAACAAAAAAAGCAAAUUAGGUAAACAGCCAGAGAGGAUAAAAGCAGCAAAGAGAAUCGUGCAAAGUUUUGUCAUCGCUGGAAAGCUGCGACAGAGGCUCAACAUGCAGUGAAGGAAGAGCUGAAAUCCUUUCAAGAGGGGUUGGAAAGAACCCGGUACAAAGACAUUAUGAUGUUGUUUAGUUGCCAAAGGGGGCAUAUUUUGCUGUCAAAUUGAAUUUAGUGUCAGUGUUCAUUCGCUGAUAGAGAAAUAAGGCAUCCCCUCAUCCCCCAAACAUAGACACGUGCAAACACACAUGUGCCCACCCCCCUGUGCAGUGGCCCAAGUAAAUCCAGAAAGAUCUCAGCAUUCCUAAUGAGCCACCACAGUGCUGGUGAUCCUGGCUGGGCUCUGAGGCUGAAAUCCAAGUUGCUGUUUGGACGUGGAGCAGGAUGGAAGCAGGCAGAGGCUGCUGCAGUGAAAUCAUGAACAUACUUUUGAGCACAGGACUCAGAGUCAGGAGAUCAGGGCCCUACUGCUUCUGGCAUACAUUUUCUGCAUGACCUUUGGCAAUUCCAUGAGGCUUUGUCCUUUGGGACCUCUCUCCUGAGGGUUACCCAGAGACAAAGAAAUGCCAUUAUGAUUUGAGGAGCCUCUCAAAAGUGGUGAUAGUAUAGAACAGUAUUAAGCCUCUGACUUUCAGCCCCUAAUUUUCUCUCACCCAUGAAAUGGGAUGCUCCUGCUUCCCUCCUUCAGCUUCAGAUACUUCAGCAUUUAAUGUCAUUCUAGGUCACUAGAGAGGGGUGGCUGUAGCUCUCAGAGUACAAGGGUCUAUCUGCUUGCAAACACAGACCAGAUCCCAAGCUUAAUCCAGUCCUGAACAGUGUAAAACAUCAUCUCCCACAAAUUUAGUGGAGACUGGUGGGAUUUUAAGAAACCCCAAGGAUUCUCUUUUUUUCAGAGCUGCAAGCCUUUGCUGCAGAGCAGCUCUGCUCCUCAGGAGCACAGGCAGGGAGAGCCGAGCAGCAGGAGCAGAGUGCAUAGGUUCACAUUUGACUAAGGCUGCUUUUUCAGAUUUGUGGCUAGACUGGGAUGGAAAUUAGGAACUGGCCCCUUUUCCCCCUGCAUUGGGCAGUUUUGUCCUCAUUGUCACGUACAUAGACAGUAGGCAGUGUGUGAGGGCAGAACUCCUCAGUCCUAACAGGCAUCAUGAUAAAUAACUGUAUAGUGUAGCUAAAAAUGUAGUGCCAAAUGCCAUCGUCUGAUCUCCUCUCCUCCCUUCCCUUUCCACCUGUAAAUUCAUUUCUCACUCAAAAUGUACAAACCACCCCCUCCACCAACAACCCAAACUCCAGCAGAACCACUGAACAGUUUAUAAUUUUGUGGUGUAUUUUUUGUCAGUAGGUAGCAGAGACUGAAGUAUUUUUUGGUGUAAUUCUUGGAACUUUUCUGACGGGAUUAAAAUAAAGCUAGAUGUGACUGAGCGUC